AUGGGACAACGACUGGCUCCAAGCCUUGCCAGUGCAUUCAUGUCUAAGGUGGAAGCACCGGUGACUGAUCUCGGGCCGCUACUCUACUGUAGAGCAGCCGAGGUUAUGGAGGGUAUUGCACCAGCUGAUGAGAAUGGAGCUGGUUGUGAUGUCGACUAUGUUCACAGAAAUGCCUUUCAGGGCGAUAAAGCAUGUGUCAGUGAAGACGAACGUGCGCUAAUCCACAAGGAGAACGCUGAAUCGCAUUUCUACCUUCGGAAUAACGCGUUUUUUAAUGGGGCUGAUUCCGUCGGUCCAUAG